CAUUCUCUCGUGUAUUUGCGAUGUAACCACACGUUAUGCUGUGAUAUAUGGCGUAUGCUACGGCAACGCAGGGCGCUACCACAGUGGCGUCGCAUCUCUGCAUCGUGGCCCGCGACAAAUAUAAGCAACAAUGCCUCGCAAUCCUUUGUCACAGUUUGCAUACACCUUCGAAGAGACAGGUAGCACUCCUCGAUUUUGCAAAGGAUUUUGGAAGAUUACGAGAAAUCGACAGGAUGAAGGGAUACUUCGCGAUUCUUUUCUGCGCCCUCUUCAUCGUCACUGGCACAUCCGGCCAAGCACUCACUAUGAUGGAAUUCGCCAGGAUUUUAAGCAUUACAAUGAAGGACAUAAGGCGUUGCAUACACCAUAGCAAUUUAUCAGAUAUGGACAUGACAAAGCUGGACACCGUCAUGCAGGGACGGAAUAUAUCUCAAGAAACCAUGAACGAUAUCUUGAUAAACCUCGGUUGCUUCGCUGCGUGCAUUCUGGAUAAAUCCGACAUCAUGCAAAACGAUGCCAUCCAAUUGGACAAGCUGAUAGACUCAGUGAACCGCCAUAAUGUCCCUAUAAACGACGAAAUGAAGGAAAAGUUGAACACGUGCGCCGUCCAGGCAAAGGAAGAGACGGACAAAUGCAAGAGUGGAGUCAUCUUCGCCUCGUGCCUCUUAGAAGAGCUCACAAAGCGGUCCAAGUGAUCGUUCAGCACCCAAA